UGCGCUCCGGCAGGCCCGGGGCCCGACCCGGAAGCCGCCGCGCGGGCUGCGCUCGCCUCUCGCCGGGGAAACUCCGGGCCACCCGAGUCCUUGGGCCCGCCGCGGCCUCCUUCCCCGGGCCCCACGGGCCCAUGGGUCUCCAUGACGACGGCAGGGGCCCGGCCGGGGGGCGGGCAGCCCGGGUGGGGCCGCGGCGCUCCGGGGGCCUCCGCGGCGGCCUGGCCGUGUUCGCCGCCGUGGCCUCCGUGUUCACCCUCACGCUGCCCCCUUCGGUGCCGGGGGGAGACUCGGGGGAACUGAUCACAGCCGCACAUGAGCUUGGAGUUGCCCAUCCUCCUGGCUAUCCUUUGUUCACUCUGGUGGCUAAACUGGCAAUUAUACUAUUUCCUUUCGGUUCAGUUGCCUACCGAGUCAAUCUUCUGUGUGGCUUAUUUGGAGCAGUAGCUGCAGCUUUACUUUUUUUCACCGUUUUCAGGCUUUCUGGCUCCCAUGCUGGAGGAAUCCUUGCUGCGGGGGUGUUUUCAUUCUCUCGUCUAACAUGGCACUGGUCCAUUGCAGCAGAGGUUUUCAGCUUAAACAAUCUGUUUGUGGGGCUGCUUAUGGCUCUUACUGUACAUUUUGAGGAGGCAGCAACCGCCAAAGAAAGAUCAAAGAUAGCUAAAAUUGGUGCUUUCUGCUGUGGCCUUAGCUUAUGUAAUCAGCACACAAUAGUACUCUAUAUUUUGUGCAUAAUACCAUGGAUUCUCUUCCGACUUUUAAAAGAGAAGGAACUCUCCCUGGGCUCUUUGUUGAAGCUGAGUCUGUGCUUCGGUGCUGGCUUGUUGCCCUAUGUCUACCUUCCUGUCUCGUCCUACCUCAAUCAAGCCCGUUGGACCUGGGGAGACCAGACAACAUUGCUAGGAUUUUUGACGCAUUUUCUCAGGGAAGAAUAUGGAACAUUCAGUCUGGCCAAAUCUGAAAUAGGAUCCAGUAUGUCUGAAAUUUUGCUUUCUCAAGUAACAAGUAUGAGGACCCAACUCUCAUUCAACAUUCAAGCCCUCGCAGUUUGGGCAAAUAUAUCUUUAGCAAGAAAGGACAGACAGAACCCAUCAUCAGUAUGGCUUUUUACUGGAAUGUUUUGCAUUUAUUCAUUGUUCUUCGCUUGGAGGGCGAAUUUAGAUAUUUCAAAACCACUUUUCAUGGGUGUGGUAGAAAGAUUCUGGAUGCAGAGCAACGCUGUGGUGGCCGUGCUCGCCGGCGUCGGCUUGGCCGCGCUAGUUUCUGAGAGCAACCGAGUGCUGAACACCAGUGGGCUUCAGUGUCUGGAGUGGCUUUCAGCAACGCUUUUUAUAAUGUACCAAAUAUAUUCUAAUUUCAGCAUUUGUGACCAAAGGACCAACUAUGUCAUUGAUAAAUUUGCAAAGAACCUUCUAGCCUCUAUGCCUCAUGAUGCAAUUAUCUUACUCAGAGGAGAUUUGCCAGGGAAUUCUCUCCGUUACAUGCAUUAUUGCGAGGGACUGAGGCCAGAUAUUUCACUAGUGGAUCAGGAAAUGAUGACUUAUGAGUGGUAUUUACCCAAGAUGGCAAAGCACUUACCAGGUGUCAGCUUUCCUGGAAACCGGUGGAAUCCUGUGGAAGGAAUGUUACCUAGUGGAAUGGUCACAUUUAAUCUUUAUCAUUUUCUUGAAAUAAAUAAACAGAAGAAAACAUUCGUUUGCAUAGGAAUUCAUGAAGGUGACCCAACCUGGAAAAAGAACUAUUCACUUUGGCCUUGGGGUUCUUGUGACAAAUUAGUUCCUUCGGAGAUUGUAUUCAACCCUGAGGAAUGGAUUAAACUCACAAGAAAUAUCUAUAACUGGACCGAAGAAUAUGGAAGGUUUGACCCAUCUUCUUGGGAAUCUGUGGCCAACGAAGAGAUGUGGCAAGCAAGGAUGAAAACCCCGUUCUUCAUCUUUAACCUGGCAGAAACAGCAAACGUACCUCCAAAUGUGAAGGCUCAACUCUACACUCACGCAUAUAACAAGGAGGCAGGAGGGUCAGAGAGAAGGAGACGUGAUGAUGCAAGCAGAGGUCAGAGGAAAAGAUUCGAAGACGCUACGUGGCUGGCCUGGAAGAUGGGAGGAAGGGGCCACAAGGUAGGGAGUGCAGGCAGCCUCUGCAAGCCACCAAGGGCAAAGAAACAGAUUCUAGAGCCUCCUCGAAGAACACAGCGCUGCUGCUUUUACAAAAUCCUCGAUUUUAUGCAUUUUGACCUCCAGAAGGGUAAGAUAAUAAAUGUAUACUGUCUUAAGCCAUUAUGUCUGUGCUGAUUUGUUACAACAGCAGAGGAAACUAAUAGGAAGCCAUUGGAACAGGAAACAGUCACCACCAGACAAGUUCUGACAGGUUUGCCCUCUAGACAAAAGUCAUGACCCUGGCUGCACUCGAAAGUAUAGGUUCCUGGCUGGGUGGGAUUUCAUGAGAAAGAUAAAGGGUCUUGGCAAGAGGCUCUGUCUUCUGACUGUGGCCCUGUCUUCUGACUGAAGCCAACCCAACCUUCAGAUGGCCUGGCCACACACAGACUCUUGUGUAGGCGGUCCUCACUGACGGGAGAAGAGAGGGUGGAGCACAGGCUUGCUGUUGCUCCGUUUUAACGAGCCCCUUCUUUUCUGUGACUUCUAGCCCUGGGUUCCUCAGACACCUUCAAGGAUCAUCUUGGAGCCUACUAUGUAGGAAACAGAUGUCCUGGCAUGGGCCAGUGAGACCAGAGCCCGGGAGCCAUAUAUGUGAGCACCUGAGGUGUUUCCGCAGCCUCUAGGUGCUGUGGGUCUACUCACCAGGGCAGUGGUUUAGAGCUAAGUCAAAAUCACACAGCAUCCAAUCCGUAGGACUCAGUUUACUCCUAAAUUUUGUGAUCGUGGGUUCAUUGUUCAUUUAUUCAUUUACUCACAGAGCGCUUAUUGAUCGCCCAGUCUGUGCCAAAUAUUGUGUUGGAGAUGACCAAGUAUUGUCCCUGCUACCAAAGAGGUAGCAGGCUAGAGAGGGAGACAGAAGAUACAGUUCUCGGUUACAUUCAGUCUUGCAGAGGUGCUGUGGGAACAGCACACUGUACGUGAGUACACCCCUCUGGCGAGGGGUGGUGAGGAAGGAGGGGGAAGUCUUCGGAGAUGUCACUGGAGUGUCAUCUUGAAAGCUCAGACGAGCUAGCCAGACAGACUGUGGGCAGGGUAGUGAGAGAGUGGGCGAGGAAGGACAGUCGAUAGGGACAAAGGCAGAACCCUCCGAGGUGCCCACUCGAGGACAGCAAGGGAUCGAUUGCAGGAGGCAGCAAGCUGGAGUUCUGUCUGGCAUUUGGAAGAUCCAGGUUCAAGGCCUACUCCACCACUAAUUGUCAACUGUAAGUCAGUUAAACAUUCCAGGCCUCGAUUUUUUCUAAAAAUAGAAGUGGGCUUUAAGCUUUGUUAAUUAUCUCUCACGCCCUGGUCAUGUCAUAUCCUGUUCAUCUCUCAUACCCUGUGAUUCCAUGAAAAACAAAUAGUAUUUAGUUGGGAGAAAUCUCUGAGACUUACUGAUACUUCAUAUUCUCAUCAGUGACCUGUUCCAUGGCCACCGUUGCUAGGGCGCCACUGAAGCUAAUUCACGGAUUCAUUGUCCCUUUGGACCUGGAAGCUUUACUCUUUCCAGUGGACACAAGUCCGUGGGUGUCUUCUUCGCAUAUGCCUCCAGAUAUGUGACUUUGUUUGCAAGACAAAUGAGGUCAAAUACUUGAUGGGUCAACACAAACCCACCCCCCCCAGUACUGGUAUUUCAAGAACGCUCUUGUUAGGUGUAAGACAUUGUGUAUAGUAUUCCACUCAAUAGCUGAUGCAGAACUUUCAGUUCAGGAGACAUUAAGUUCAGGUGUAGUGGGGGAGCAGGGACUAUCCCCGUUAGCUUUAGGAAUGCAUUCGAUAAGUUGGUGUCCCCACUAAAUAGAAUACAGUCUGCUAAGACUAACGUCAUGGUAACAUUCACGUAGAGGAGGAAACGUAAUUCCAGGUGAUGAGAAAUGACCGGCUUCUUAAGAUACAGCACAUGUGGCUUAACGGGCCACCUGGUAGAAGUUGACGAUGCGUCGGUAACAAAGUGUUCGAGAGACGGGUGGUAUGUUCAUUCUGUUAUCUAAUGACUGUAACAGGGAGGUCAUGAGUGAGCCUCUCAUCCUCUUGAGCCGUUGGGGAAAUGCUCACUGAAGGGCUGGCCUCUGUGUUGAACUCCAGAACCCAGGUGGGAUUCUGAAAGCCGAACCGUUUUUU